CACGCAACGGGCAGAGGGGAUAUGGCGAUUGACAACUUGGUCUGAUCAGUGGGGUUAGCUUUACCUUGUUAAACACGGUCAGCUCUGGUCCUUCCUUCCCUUCUUCUCAAACUCUAGGGUUCGUCGGGCCUGGGAAUUUGAUUUGUUUUUUUUCCUCUUAAGAAAUUCCACCCAAGAAGAUAAUUCAGCGAUGGUGCUGAAACAGAAGCUUCACGACGCUUUCAAAGGCACGGUUGAGAGAAUUACGAGCCCCCGCACCGUCUCCGCCUUCAAGGAGAAGGGCGUCCUCAGCGUCAGCGAGUUCAUUCUCGCCGGCGACAAUCUCGUCUCCAAGUGCCCUACCUGGUCAUGGGAAUCAGGUGAGCCCAGCAAGAGGAAGCCUUACUUACCAGCUGAUAAGCAGUUUCUAAUUACUCGAAAUGUUCCUUGUCUACGUAGAGCUGCCUCUAUUGAGGAAGAUUACAUAGCUAGUGGGGGUGAGGUUUUACUCGAUAAUGAUGACGAUGAGAACGACGCCUGGGUUGCCACUCAUGGAACACCGAAAGAGACGAAAGCUGGUGAAGAGGACAAUGUGCCUUCUAUGGAGGCCCUUGAAAUCAGCAGAAAGGGUCCUAUCCAACCAAUUCCAUCAUACUUUGGGGAUCCAGAAGAAGAUGAUAUCCCUGACAUGGCUGACUAUGAUGACCCUGACAAUCUCAUUGAAGCAGAUCCUGCAACGCUUCAAACUACUUAUCUUGUGGCAAAUGAACCUGAUGACGAUAACAUUUUGCGGACUCGAACAUAUGAUGUCAGCAUCACCUAUGACAAAUACUAUCAGACCCCUCGAGUGUGGCUUACUGGAUACGAUGAGUCCAGGAUGCUUUUACAACCCGAAUUAGUGCUUGAAGAUGUUAGUCAGGAUCAUGCACGUAAGACAGUUACUAUCGAAGACCAUCCUCAUUUGCCUGGGAAGCAUGCAUCAGUUCAUCCAUGCAAACAUGGGGCUGUGAUGAAGAAAAUUAUUGAUGUUCUAAUGUCUCGAGGUGUUGAACCAGAAGUUGACAAGUAUCUUUUCCUUUUCUUAAAAUUCAUGGCCUCUGUUAUACCAACCAUAGAGUACGACUACACCAUGGACUUCGAUAUGGGUAGCUCAAGCAGCUAGUCUCAGCAGGUGGUGUUUGCUGCAACGAGAUUCAACGAGAAGAAAGAAACUGCUGUGGUUUUAAUGUCUGCAGCUAGCUAUUUCAAUGGGUCUGGCUUCUCCUUGUAUUUUUUCUCAGCAGACAAAAUGUUGUACAUAGAACAAACCUGGGAAGACAAUUUUCUUCAGGCUUCUGCGAUAGGCAAUUCUUGUGGGGUUGUCUUGGUGGAAAGAAUUUGUCUCUGAAUGCAGUUAUUUAUUGGAAUUGUAAAAUGAAGGCAUUCGAAAAAUCGAGAAUGUUGAAAUGGAUUUCAAUAUUACACCUGAUUGCUGUGGUAUUUACUGUAAAGACAGAUUCAAGGUCAAGUCAAAUAAAAUCCUUGGGAAGUCUUUGUUCUGUCCUUUGCAUUGGGACUACAAAGUCCCGUGCUAAUAACCUUACGUCUAGGUACGAGCAUGUAUCUCUUUUCUAUCGACAUUUC